AUGUUCAGAUUUAAUCCAUUAAGUAGAAUACAUUCUAUGAACUCAGCCCGGUUUUCUGGUAGAGUUUUCCGAAGCACCGGCUUUUUCAGAUUCCAAUCGACCACUACCAAGGCUGGAAAAAAGCCCACUGGUAUUAAGGCAUUGAUGAAAGAAUAUGGAUACUCUGCAUUGGGGGUUUAUCUUGCUCUUUCCAUGAUCGACUUGCCUAUUUGUUACGUAUUGGUACAUGCAUCUGGUAAGGAAAAGAUUGAAUUGUAUGAAAACAAGUUAAAGCAAACUUUUGGCUAUGGAGUUUCUGAUGAGGAAUUGAAAAAGAAGCAAGAAAUUGAUCGUAUCAAUGAAGAGAUUGAAAAUGCAAACAAUCCCGACCUGAACCUGAAGAAUGUUUCAUUGAUUCAAACUAUUAUUUCUCAAUUCUCUUGGACUGAAUUUGCAAUUGCCUAUGGUAUUCACAAGUCUUUAAUUUUCAUUAGACUUCCAAUUACCGCAGCAAUUACUCCUGGAGUUGUAAAAAUCUUGAGACGUUGGGGGUUUAAGAUUGGUACUGAUAAGCUCUCUGCCACUGCUUCGCUUGCUAAGGAAACCAUUACCACUGGCGCUCAAAAGUUGACAGAUGUCACCGCUUCUAGUGCAAAGUUUGGAGUUAGACCAAAUAAUAGAAAAAAGUGGUUUUGGUUCUUCUAA